AUGACGGUCACAUUCGCCUACUCGUCUGCUCCAGUCAAGCAGAUCAGGGAGAUCCAGUUUGGUGUUAUGAGUCCCGAGGAAAUUAAAGCCUAUUCAGUGGCUAAGAUUGAGCACCCAGAGGUUAUGGACGAGAACGGUCGCCAGAAGGUCGGCGGUCUAAUGGAUCCCAAGAUGGGAACUAUCGACCGCAACUUCAAGUGUCAGACCUGUCUCGAGGGCAUGUCCGAGUGCCCGGGUCACUUUGGUCACAUCGAGCUCGCGCGUCCUGUCUUUCAUGCGGGUUUCAUUGUCAAGGUCAAGAAGAUUCUAGAGUGUGUGUGCUACAGUUGCGGCAAGCUCAAAGUCGACCUGCGCGACCCUCAGGUCUACACCGUCACCAAGCGCAUCAAGCCCCAGCACCGUCUCAAGGCGAUUUGGGCGAUUGCUCGCCCGAAGGGUGUCUGCGAGGCCGACGACCUGACCGAGGAGAACGGUGAUGCGACCAAUGAGGAUGUCUAUAUGGACGAGAACCGCCCCACCAAGCCAAAGGGCCACGGCGGAUGCGGCUUUGAUCAGCCCCAGUACCGCAAGGAGGGCCUCAAGCUCAUUGGCGUGUUCAAGCCCAGCAAGGACAAGGACGAGGCAGGUGCCGAGCCAGAACGCCGCAAUAUCUCUGCAGCUGAAUGUCUCAACAUCCUGAAGAAGAUUCCAGACGAGGAUCUCAACAUCAUGGGCCUCAACGCAGAGUACGCGCGCCCCGAUUGGAUGAUCCUCACGGUCCUGCCCGUGCCGCCGGCUGCCGUGCGCCCCUCCAUUUCCGUCGACGGCGGUGCCAUGCGCAGUGAGGACGACUUGACGUACAAGCUCGGAGAGAUCCUCAAGGCGAGCGCAAAUGUGCGCAAGCUCGAGUCGGAGGGUGUUCCACCAAGUGUCGUUAACGAGCACUUCGACCUUCUCCAGUUCCAUGUCGCGACGUACAUGGACAACGACAUUGCCGGUAUUCCGCAGGCACUGCAAAAGUCUGGCCGUCCAGUCAAGGCCAUCCGUGCACGUCUGAAGGGCAAGGAGGGUCGUCUCCGAGGCAACCUCAUGGGCAAGCGUGUCGACUUCUCUGCCCGUACCGUCAUUACUGGUGACCCCAACAUCCAGUUAGACGAGGUCGGUGUCCCGCGCUCGAUCGCCAUGACUCUAACGUACCCCGAACGCGUCACGCCGUACAACAUUGUGUAUCUCCAGGGCCUCAUCAACAAUGGUCCUGCGACGUAUCCGGGAGCUCGUUACUACGUCAAGGAUACUGGUGAGCGUGUUGACCUCAAAUACCGCAAGUCGGGAGAGCCGAUCAGCUUGCAGUUUGGGUGGAUCGUCGAGCGUCAUCUCAAGACCGGCGACUUUGUUCUCUUCAAUCGCCAACCGUCGCUCCACAAGAUGUCCAUGAUGUGUCACCGCGUGCGCGUGAUGAACUACUCCACCUUCCGUCUCAACCUUUCGGUCACGUCGCCGUACAACGCCGACUUCGACGGAGACGAGAUGAACUUGCACGUUCCUCAGUCUGAGGAGACUCGUGCCGAGUUGAGCCAGAUCGCGUGGGUUCCUCGCCAGAUUAUCUCGCCACAGGCCAACAAGCCUGUCAUGGGCAUUGUCCAGGACACGCUGUGUGGCCUCCGCAAGUUCACUCUUCGUGACAACUUCUGCGACUGGGCUCUAGUCCAGAACAUCCUUUUAUGGCUGCCAGGCUGGGAUGGGACCAUUCCCCCACCAGCAAUCAUCAAGCCUAAGCCUAUGUGGUCGGGCAAGCAGCUGCUCUCACUGUGUAUCCCUAAGGGCGUCAACAUCGAGAAGAAGAACAGCGAAAAGCCGAGCGAGAUCGACGUGACUGACGAGAACGUCCUGGUCGACAACGGCGAGCUCAUCCAUGGUGCAAUCAUCAAGAACAUGGCAGGCGCGUCUGCGGAUGGCUUUGUGCAUGUUAUCUUCCGCGAGCACGGUCACGUUGCCGCACGCGACUUCUUCUCGGCCGUCCAGAUGAUGAUUAACUAUUGGCUCCUACACAACGGUUUCUCCAUUGGCAUCGGCGACACCAUUGCCGAUCGCAACACCAUGGCUGGCAUCAACGCGCGUCUUGUGGAGGCCAAGGACACUGUGCAGCGGUUCAUCGAACGCGCCGAGGCCAAUGACAUGAAGCCCCAGCCCGGUAUGACGAUUCGUGAGACGGUCGAGGCCGAGGUGUCCAACGAGCUCAACAAGGCUCGUGACUGGGCCGGUAAAUCGGCGCAGAACAACAUCAAGGAGGACAACAACGUCAAGCAGAUGGUCGUCUCUGGCUCCAAGGGUUCGUUCAUCAACAUUUCGCAGAUGUCGGCGUGUGUCGGCCAGCAGAUCGUCGAGGGCAAGCGUAUUCCGUUUGGCUUCCGCCACCGCACGCUGCCACACUUCUCCAAGGACGACUAUGGGCCGGAGGCGCGUGGCUUUGUGGAGAACUCGUACCUGCGUGGCCUCACUCCUCAGGAGUUCUUCUUCCACGCAAUGGGUGGUCGUGAGGGCCUCAUCGACACGGCCGUCAAGACGGCCGAAACGGGUUACAUCCAGCGCCGCCUCGUCAAGGCCAUGGAGGACCUCAAGGUCGGCUACGACGGCACGGUUCGCAACUCGUCCGGAGACAUUAUCCAGUUCCUCUACGGAGAGGAUGGCAUGGAUGGCUCGAUGGUGGAGAACCAGAAUAUCGACAUUGUCCGGCAUAGCGACGAGGCGUUUGAGCGCAAGUACAAGCUUGACGUUCUCAGCGGUGGCAAACUGGGGUUCAAGUCCAAGACGUUGCAGGCUGGUAUCGAGUCGAGCUCGAUCGAACUGCAGGACGUUCUGGACAACGAGUUCAACUCGAUCUUGGCCGACCGCCAGUUCCUCCGUUCCGAGGUAAUCACCGAUGGUGAUGCGAAGAAGCCAUUGCCCGUCAAGAUUGCCCGCAUCAUUCUGAAUGCGCAGCAGCAGUUCAACAUCGACCCCCGCGCCCCCAGCGACUUGGACCCUAUUUACCUUAAUCAACGGCGCCAGGCGCUGUUGGACAACCUGAUCGUCGUCCGCGGUACCGAUCCCAUCUCGCUUGAGGCGCAGCGCAACUCGACCAGAUUGAUCUUCGCCCUCUUGCGCUCGUACCUGUCCACCAAGCGCGUGCUCGAGGAGUACCACCUCACACGCGCGGCGUUUGACUGGGUAGUUGGAGAGGUCGAGGUCAACUUCAACAAGUCGCUCAUCAACGCUGCCGAGAUGGUUGGCACACUUGCUGCACAGUCGAUUGGUGAACCCGCGACACAGAUGACGCUCAACACGUUCCACUACGCCGGUGUGUCCAGUAAGAGUGCAACGGGUGGUGUCCCGCGUCUCAAGGAGGUGAUCAACGUCGCGGUGAACAUCCGAACUCCUGGCCUCAGCGUCUACCUCGACGAGGAGUACAGCCGCGACGAAAAGUCGGCGCACCAGAUCUCGAGUCAGCUCGUGCACACUCGUCUCCGCGACGUGACGGCAUCGGUCAUGAUCUUUUACGACCCAGAUGUCCACUCGACAAGCAUCGAGGAGGACAAGGACUUUGUCGACGCGUGGUUCGCCAUUCCCGACGACGACAUCAACCCGCAGAACCACUCGCCGUGGCUUCUGCGUCUCGAGCUGGACCGUGCCAAAGUCAAGAACGGCAACUGGACCAUGGAGGGGAUCGUUUCGUCUAUCAUGGACACAGUCGGCAGUGACGUUUUUGUGUUGCACUCGGAUGACAACAACGAGAAACUUGUCAUCCGCAUCCGCAUUGUCAACAACAACAAGGAGGAGGACGACCUGUUGGGUGACGAAGACAUGUUCCUCAAGCGCAUCGAGGGCACGCUUCUCGACCAGGUCGAGUUGGGAGGCAUCCCUGGUAUCCGUCGUGUGUUCCUGUCCAAGGGCAAGAAGAACAUUGUCAACGAGAAGGGCGAGUUCGCCAUCAAGGAGGAGUGGUACAUCGAGACUGAGGGCAUCAACCUGCUUCAAGUCAUGGCUGUGCCGGGUGUAGACGGCAACCGCACCUACUCGAACCACGUCUACGAGGUUUGGGAGAAGCUCGGUAUCGAGGCGGGCCGUAACGGCUUGUACGCUGAGAUCCUCAACGUCCUUGACAAGGCUGGUUCGUACGUCAACUACCGUCACACGGCGCUUCUUUGCGACCUUAUGUGCAACAAGGGCAACCUCAUGUCGAUCACGCGUCACGGUAUUAACCGUACCGACGCGGGUGCGCUUUCGCGCUGCUCGUUCGAGGAGACGGUCGAGAUUCUUCUCGAGGCUGCGGCUGUGGGUGACAUUGACGACUGCCGUGGCGUCGCGGAGAACGUCUUGCUUGGCCAGAUGGCGCCUAUGGGCACUGGCGCGUUCGACGUGUCGCUCGACUUGGGCAUGCUGAAGGACGUGAUUGUGGACCACCGUCUGCCAGUCCAAAACGCGAUGCUUGCGAGCAACAUGGGCGGCAUGACCCCGGGCGGCAACAUGACGCCGUACGACAACUUCUCGCCCAUGUGGAACGGCGGUGGUGCGGUGGGGACCGCGGCGUUCUCGCCAAUCCAGAAGAGCAACAACGACGAGGGUGGUGGUUACGCGAUGGGCUACGGCAUGUCUCCCAUGGCCGGCAUGUCACCAUACGCACCCACGUCGCCCAUGCCCGGGUGGUCUCCCACCUCGCCGUUCGCGGUCACGAGUCCCUCGUACUCGCCGACCUCACCGUUCGCGGGCGGUGCAACGUCUCCAUGGGUACCACGCGGUGCGGGCGGCUACGGCGCCACGAGCCCGAUGUACUCGCCUUCGUCACCGCAGUACUCGCCAACGUCACCGUCGUUCUCGCCGUCGUCGCCGACCUUCUCUCCUGCCUCGCCAGCUUAUGGCGGCGGCGCCACGGGCUACUCGCCGGCAUCCCCAGCGUACAGCCCCACGUCGCCGAUGGGCAACGCGACGUCCCCGCGCUACUCGCCCACAUCGCCGACUUACUCUCCAGCGUCGCCAGCUUUCUCCCCGACGUCGCCAGCGUAUUCACCCACGAGUCCUGCGCCAUUCACAGCAACGUCACCCAAGUACUCCCCGACGUCGCCCCAGUUCUCUCCCACGUCCCCGACGUACUCGCCCGCGUCGCCGAUGUACUCCCCCACAUCGCCGCAGUACUCGCCCGCUUCGCCAGCGUACUCGCCGACGUCGCCGCAAUAUUCUCCCACCUCCCCUGGCGGAGCACCGGGUGGCGCUGGCGCGGGCGGCGCGAACGGGCGCUCGGGCUGGGGCUCGAGCCGUGGCGGAUACACGUCUAGCCCGAGCUGGAGCAAGCCCAAGUAG